CCCCUCCCGCCCGGCCAGUCCCGAAGAGUUGCCCGGUGGCCGCGGCAGACGGAAGCCGAGGGAGAUCCUCGGCGGCAGCAGGAUGGGGGACUCCAAAGUGAAAGUGGCCGUGCGGAUCCGGCCCAUGAACCGGAGAGAAAUUGACUUGCAUACCAAAUGUGUGGUGGAUGUAGAUGCAAACAAAGUUAUACUUAGUCCUGUAAAUACUAAUCUUUCCAAAGGAGAUGUCCGAAGCCAGCCAAAGGUGUUUGCAUAUGAUCACUGUUUCUGGUCUAUGGAUGAAUCAGUCAGAGAAAAGUAUGCAGGUCAAGAUGAUGUUUUCAAGUGCCUUGGGGAGAAUAUCCUUCAGAAUGCUUUUGAUGGUUACAAUGCAUGUAUUUUUGCCUACGGACAGACUGGAUCUGGAAAAUCUUAUACCAUGAUGGGCACAGCUGACCAACCUGGAUUAAUUCCAAGACUUUGUAGUGGACUUUUUGAACGAACUCAGAAAGAGGAAAAUGAAGAGCAGAGUUUUAAAGUAGAAGUGUCCUAUAUGGAAAUUUAUAAUGAAAAAGUUAGAGAUCUUCUUGAUCCCAAAGGAAGUCGUCAAACGUUAAAAGUCAGAGAGCACAAUGUUUUGGGACCCUAUGUCGAUGGACUCUCUAAAUUGGCUGUCACAAGCUACAAGGAUAUUGAGUCUUUGAUGUCUGAGGGUAACAAGUCUCGUACAGUUGCUGCUACCAACAUGAAUGAGGAGAGCAGUCGAUCCCAUGCGGUCUUCAAAAUCACCCUUACACAUACUUUAUACGAUGUGAAGUCUGGGACAUCUGGAGAGAAAGUGGGCAAACUGAGCUUGGUUGAUUUAGCAGGCAGUGAGCGAGCAACAAAGACUGGAGCUGCGGGGGACAGGUUGAAGGAGGGCAGCAACAUUAACAAGUCCCUCACAACCCUCGGUCUGGUUAUCUCAGCCCUAGCAGAUCAGAGUGCUGGCAAAAACAAGAAUAAAUUUGUUCCAUAUCGUGACUCAGUUCUCACUUGGCUGCUCAAAGACAGUCUUGGGGGUAACAGCAAGACAGCCAUGGUGGCCACUGUCAGUCCAGCAGCCGAUAACUACGAUGAAACCCUUUCAACUCUGCGGUAUGCAGAUCGUGCCAAGAACAUCGUGAACCAUGCUGUGGUGAAUGAAGAUCCUAAUGCACGAAUUAUUCGGGAUCUCCGGGAAGAAGUAGAAAAGCUCCGAGAGCAACUAACCAAAGCAGAGGCAAUGAAAUCUCCAGAACUAAAGGACCGGCUGGAAGAAUCAGAGAAACUAAUCCAGGAAAUGACUGUGACCUGGGAGGAGAAACUAAGGAAAACCGAGGAGAUUGCACAGGAGCGACAGAAACAGCUUGAGAGUCUUGGAAUAUCUCUUCAAUCUUCUGGGAUUAAAGUUGGGGAUGAUAAAUGCUUCCUUGUUAAUCUGAAUGCUGAUCCUGCUCUGAAUGAACUUCUGGUUUACUAUUUAAAGGAACAUACAUUGAUAGGUUCAGCAAAUUCCCAAGAUAUCCAACUAUGUGGAAUGGGAAUUCUUCCUGAACAUUGUAUUAUAGACAUCACAGCAGAAGGCCAGGUUAUGCUGACUCCUCAGAAGAACACCAGAACAUUUGUAAAUGGCUCUUCCGUAUCUAGCCCUAUACAGCUACACCACGGGGAUAGGAUAUUAUGGGGAAACAACCACUUCUUCAGACUGAAUUUGCCCAAAAAGAAAAAGAAAGCAGAUCGAGAGGAUGAUGAACAUGACAUCUCCAUGAAGAAUGAAACCAGUUCAGAGCAGCUGGAUGUAGAUGGAGACUCCUCCAGUGAGGUGUCCAGUGAAAUCAACUUCAAUUAUGAAUAUGCACAAAUGGAGGUCACCAUGAAGGCCCUGGGUAAUAAUGAUCCAAUGCAGUCCAUAUUGAACAGCCUAGAACAACAGCAUGAAGAAGAAAAACGAUCUGCAUUAGAACGCCAGAGGCUUAUGUAUGAACAUGAAUUGGAGCAAUUACGAAGAAGGCUGUCUCCUGAGAAACAAAACUGUCGUAGUGGGGACAGGUUUUCUUUCCACUCACCCAGUGCUCAACAGCGAUUGAGACAGUGGGCUGAGGAGAGAGAGGCAACACUGAAUAACAGUCUGCUAAGGCUGAGAGAACAAAUUGUGAAAGCCAAUCUGUUGGUGAGAGAAGCGAGUUACAUUGCAGAGGAACUGGAUAAAAGAACAGAGUACAAAGUAACCCUGCAGAUUCCAGCCUCCAGCCUUGAUGCCAACAGGAAGAGAGGCUCUCUUCUUAGUGAACCUGCAAUCCAGGUGAGAAGAAAAGGAAAAGGAAAACAGAUUUGGUCUCUAGAAAAACUGGACAACAGGUUACUGGAUAUGAGAGACCUUUAUCAGGAGUGGAAGGAGUGUGAAGAAGAUACCCCAGUCAUACGAUCUUACUUUAAGCGUGCUGAUCCAUUCUAUGAUGAGCAGGAAAAUCACAGUCUUAUUGGGGUGGCGAAUGUUUUCCUCGAGUCACUCUUCUACGAUGUGAAGUUACAGUAUGCUGUUCCAAUUGUCAACCAGAAAGGAGAGGUGGCAGGUCGGCUGCAUGUAGAGGUGAUGCGAAUCAGUGGUGACAUUGGGGAAAGAAUUGCUGGAGGUGAUGACAGCAUAGAUCUUUCCUGUGAAAAGGAAACCCAAGAAAACAGACUUGUGUGCAUGGUUAAAAUACUCCAGGCCACUGGGUUGCCACAGCAUCUGUCCCACUUUGUGUUCUGCAAAUACAGCUUCUGGGAUCAGCAGGAGCCAGUAACUGUUGCACCUGAAGUGGAUACCUCCUCCUCCUCUCCUGUCAGCAAGGAGCCUCAGUGCAUGGUUGUCUUUGAUCACUGCAAUGAGUUUUCUGUUAACAUUACCGAAGACUUCAUUGAGCAUCUUUCAGAAGGAGCAUUGGCAAUUGAAGUAUAUGGCCAUAAGAUGAAUGAUCCUCGGAAAAACCCAGCCCUGUGGGAUUUGGGGAUUAUUCAAGCAAAAACACGUAGUCUUCGGGAUAGAUGGAGUGAAGUUACCAGAAAAGUGGAAUUCUGGGUCCAGAUCUUGGAACAGAAUGAGAAUGGCGAAUACUGCCCUGUGGAAGUAAUUUCUGCAAAGGAUGUGCCAACAGGAGGAAUCUUUCAACUCCGGCAGGGACAGUCCCGGCGAGUCCAAGUGGAAGUAAAGUCUGUGCAGGAAUCUGGGACUUUACCACUGAUGGAAGAAUGUAUAUUGUCUGUUGGCAUUGGAUGUGUAAAAGUUAGAACGCUCAAAUCCCCCAAGACUCAUGAGACUUUUCAUGAGGACGAGGAGGACAUGGACAGCUACCAGGAUCGGGAUUUAGAGAGACUGCGAAGAAAAUGGCUAAAUGCGUUAACAAAACGUCAGGAGUACUUAGACCAACAACUGCAGAAACUUGUCAGUAAACAUGAUAAAACAGAGGAUGAUGCUGACCGAGAAGCUCAACUUUUAGAGAUGAGGCUAACUCUGACGGAGGAGCGGAAUGCAGUAAUGGUGCCCUCUGCUGGCAGUGGCAUUCCAGGGGCCCCAGCAGAAUGGACCCCAGUUCCUGGGAUGGAAACACACAUUCCUGUUAUAUUCCUUGACUUAAAUGCUGAUGAUUUCAGCUCCCAAGAUAAUCUUGAUGACCCAGAAGCUGGUGGAUGGGAUGCUACCCUUGCUGGGGAAGAAGAGGAUGAGUUCUUUGAACUGCAGAUUGUAAAACAGCAUGAUGGAGAGGUGAGAGCAGAAGCCUCUUGGGACUCUGCAGUGCACAGCUGUCCUCAGCUCAGUAAAGGCACCCCAGCGGAUGAGCGAGUGUAUCUGAUUGUGCGGGUGACAGUCCAGCUCAGCCAUCCUGCUGACAUGCAGUUGGUAUUACGGAAACGAAUUUGUGUCAAUGUUCACGGCCGGCAGGGUUUUGCUCAGAGUCUCCUAAAAAAGAUGUCACAUCGAAGUUCUAUUCCUGGCUGUGGAGUGACUUUUGAAAUUGUCUCCAAUAUUCCAGAGGAUGCCCAGGGAGUAGAGGAACGCGAAACAUUAGCAAGAAUGGCAGCUAAUGUUGAAAACACGGCUUCUGCUGACUCAGAGGCUUAUAUUGAAAAAUACCUCAGAAGUGUGCUGGCUGUGGAGAACCUUCUCACUUUAGAUCGUCUCCGCCAGGAGGUUACAGUGAAAGAGCAGUUGACAGGAAAGGGGAAGCUGAGUAGGAGGAGUAUAAGCUCUCCAAACGUGAACAGAUUGUCUGGGAGCCGACAAGAUCUUAUUCCAUUCUACAGUCUAGGCAGCAACAAGGGUCGAUGGGAAAGUCAACAGGAUGUAUCACAAACUGUAGUUUCCAGAGGAAUAGCUCCGGCUGCCCCAUCCCUCCCUGACAGUCCCCCAAAUAAUCAUUCCCCAGACCCAGGACUUAGUAGCCUAGCGGCCUCCUACUUGAAUCCAGUAAAAUCCUUUGUGCCACAGAUGCCAAAGCUCUUGAAGUCUCUCUUUCCUGUCCGCGAUGAGAAAAGGGGCAAACAGCCUUCUCCUCUUGCACAUCAGCCCGUGCCCCGAAUCAUGGUGCAGUCUGCCUUCUCGGAUGCCGGGACAACCAGAGUGGUGGAGGCUCCCCGGGAGAGCGAGCGCGCGGGGACAGGCGCGGCGCCCCUGAAGCUCUGGGACCGACCGACCCCGCAGGGCGCCCCGCAGGCCCCCGCGCAGGCCCCCGAGGCGCAGGACGGGCCGCCCAGCCCCCUGAGCGAGGCCUCCAGCGGGUACUUUUCCCACAGCGUCUCCUCCGCCACCCUGUCGGACGCCUGCGCCGCCGGCCUGGAUGGCGCGCAGACCCCGGGCUCGCCGCCCCCUGCCCUGCGCCGGGCCACCCCGGACACCGAGCCGCCGGGCCCCGCGGAGCAGGGUGGUCGGGGCGGCGGCGGCGGCGGCGGCGGCGCGGGCGAGGCCACGGAGCCGGUGACCCCGGGGGAGCGGGAGGAGGAGGCGAGCGCCCCCCCGGCUCCUCUCCCCGCCGCGGCCCCCCCGAAGCGGUCGCGCGGCCCGCACGGCGCGGGCCAGGCGUCCCCGGCCGCCCCCGAGCGCCUCGGGGGGCCCCAGGACCCCGCGGAGCCCGAGGCCUGCAAACCGCAGGGGCCCCCCGCCCUCCUGUGGGCGCCCGCUGCCCCCGCGUCCCCGUUCCGCAUCCAGAAGGUGCGGACCUCGGAGCUCAAGUCGUUCACGCGCAUGCUGGGCGGAGACCCCGGCUGCCCCCCAGCCCCAGCCCCAGCCGCAGCCGCAGCCGCAGCCGCAGCCGCGGAGGAGGACCUGCCGGCCGCAGGGGCGCCGGGCGCCGGGCCGGGGGCUGCAGCGCUGGGCAGGCUGGAGGUGUGCUCGGAUUCCGAGGAGGCCGGCGACGUCCCCGAGUGGCUCAGAGAGGGAGAGUACGUCACCGUGGGCACCAACAAGGUGGGCAUCGUGAGAUACGUCGGGCCCACCGACUUCCAGGAGGGGACGUGGAUCGGAGUGGAGCUGGACUUACCUUCAGGUAAAAAUGACGGCUCCAUCGGAGGGAGGCAGUACUUCAAGUGCAACCCUGGCUACGGGCUGCUGGUGAGGCCAGGCCGGGUGCGCAGAGCGGCGGGUGCGGGGCGGCGGCGCAGCGCGGGGCUCCGGCUGCAGGGCGCCCCCGAGCCCCGCAGGAGCAGCACCCUCUCCGGCUCCGCCAACAACCUGGCCUCCCUGACGGCGGCUCUGGCCAAGGCAGAGGGCGCCACAGCGCUUAGGGCGGACAGGAGCCAUAAGAACCCUGAGAACCGAAAAUCCUGGGCCAGCUAAGCACCCCCCUCCCGGCCCGGGUUGCAUCCUCCUGGACUGUCGGCCUGCUUCCCUCUGCUUCCCAGGCAAAGGCUGACAGAGGGGGGCAGCCAGUGCCAGCCCUGGGGUGGAGCUGGGAACCAAGUGGGCAGGGAUACCUCAAACCCCCCUUCCAGGGGAGCAUGGCAAGGAGUCCUUUCUGCAUAACAUGGGGCUAGUGACCUCUCCCUGCCCCUCCCGUGACUCUGGAAGCUUCAUUUCUUCCUCUAUGCAGAGAAUGGGGAGGCAUCCCAGCAAGGUAGAGGGGUUGAAGAUCCCAGGAGCCCAAAGCAGUGCUGGAUUGGGGGAGCGAGGCCCUUCUUGCCCCGGGCCUGGGUUUUCCACCCCUGGGGCUGCUAUUCCUUUCUUCUGUUUCGAUGACCCCAUUAACCUCUUAACCGUACCAGUGCCUUUCUUUCCCACAGAGGCAGGGCAUCCUCCCUGUGCCUCCAGAGCCAGCAUCUCCACCAACCCCCCUGGUCCUGGCUUGCUCCUUAGGCUCACUACAUCCUUCUGGACCCCAAGGUCCCCACACCACAUAACAAGCUCUCAGAAGUGCCUCUGGCUGGCCUCUUGGGGCUUCUGGCACAAGGUCCUGGGCACCCCAGCAAGGGGCACUGGGCCUGAUCCCUCCCAGGGCCUUGCCCUCUGCCUUCCUACAAGGUUUCUUAGGGGUUUCUUUGUGGAUGCGUUAGUGUCUUUAUACCUGGGAAGUGUUUUCUCUUUGCCAUUUAUUCCCGUAACAGAGUGCUUGGAAUAUAUUUAUUUCUAUUUAUUUUUUGCAAAUCUGAAAUCACUCGCGAGCCACAAUCGUCUGCCCGGGCUCUAGUGUCCAGCCUCUGAGGUCACUCGGGAGCUGCCAGCCUCCUGCCUCUGGUGGGGGGAAUCCCAGAGGGGCCCUUCCUUAUGUCCUUAUUGACACAGAUACACAAGUGGCCUUACCCUAAACUGACCAUGACAACUUGGAGAAUUAGGUUAUUGUGCUUCUGCAAUGACGAAGUCAGAAGCAUUGUGACCUUAUUUGGUGCAAUUUUGGUUUCUUGGAAGGGCCUUAGACUGGUUUAACUUCUUGGCAAUUUUCUACCCUGAUUCCCUGCCUGAGCCUGGGGGCUGUGGCUCCGCAGAGCUCCCCAUGGUCCCUGCUGAGCCACAGACCUGGCCCAAACGGCAUGAAACCUCCAGGAUCAUUGCCUGCCUCCUGCUGGGGUAUCUCUGGCUCACUGGGAAGGGGGCUGGUGCCUCCCCGACCACGGUGGGGGUGGCUCUGUGGGGGGACAGGAGCUGGGCGGGUGGCAGGGCCGGGGGAGCCUGCACGGCAGAGCCAGUGCCUCAGGCUCUUGUCCAGCAGUAGCCGGGUGACCCGGUGCCAGCAUUAAGCCACCUGCCUGCGUGUCAUCACGAGCGCCUGGUGGUCCCAAGCUGUGAGCAGGAGCCGAGAGGACACUGGGAGCGGGGGGGCAGGGCCCUGGGACAGGACUGGUGCCCAGCACUCUUGGGGGCCUGUUUUUAGUUCUCACAUUCGGACUUUUAAAAACGAAAAAUCUCCAAGUCUCUAGGGAUUUGAAGCCCCCCCCCCCCCCCCCCCGAAAGUCCUGCCAGGUUCCCCCCCCCCCGGUAGGGCCGUGUGGGGCCGUGGACACCCCCAGGUGUGCGGCCGCCCUGCCACGUCCCCCGGAGGAGCCCGACGUUAAUUAGCUUCCGUUCAUUACACGUGGCGGCGCCCGCAGCCCGGCGGCUCCCGGACCGGCCUCCGGGUGAGGCCGCCCCCGCCCAGGGCCCGAGCUUCAUCUCCUCGAAUGGUCACAGGUUCAGGGCUGGACGCCUCCCCCCCCCCCCGGGAACGGGCUGAAGCCAAGGGGCGCUCCGUGCCCUCCGGUUGAGGCCUGGGGCUCUGCGGCUCCCCGACGCCCGGUGCCCCCUCGGGCCUGCCCUCCCCCCCCCCGGCCCGGGACGUGGGUGUCCGCUCCCCGGCCAUGUGCUACCCACCCCGGCCCGCCAGGAGCCCCGGGCGAGGGCACCCCAGGGGCAGCCGCUGCCCGGUGUGCCCGCGUGGCCGGGUCUGGGGCACCUGCCGGGCCGCGGCCUGCAGCCGUGAAGGGCCCUGCGUGUUUGCGGAGACGCCUGAGCCUCCCCUGGGCCGAGAUUGGGACCCUGGGAGAGUUUGACAGGUCCCGGGCGCCCCGCCACGGGAGCCCCGCCACUUCCCUUCCCCUUUCUCCUCUGGGCUCCAGGUCCCUGUAGGAGACCCACAGGAGUUAAGGGUGUUCAUUUCCCUGGCCCGGAUUAGCCGCGCCUGCCUGAGGCCUGCCUCGAGGCCUGCAUCUGGGACAGGUGGUGCCCCAAGGUGGCCCCCGUCUGUCGUGCCUGCCCCGGGGACUGCGAGCGCAGCCUGCCCUUCACGCCCAACACCCUGGCUCGAUUAUCUCCACGCGUCUCUUUCUCAGAAAAGCCCAUCGUGCCUUCAGCCCGGCUGCUGACACAAAUUUUGUUGGGGGGUAGGGGUCUUGGAAGAUCUCCAUGUGCCGAGUUCUGUAAAUAUGAGGGUUCACGCAUAAAGAAGUGGUUUUGAUUGGGUGACUCUUUGAUUUGCUGCACAUGAAAUGGGAGUUUAAAAAAAUCCAAAGACUCUGUAAUGAAUUGUAAAGACUGAAUGAUUUGUAUUAUAUAAUGAACUAAACCUCUGUAAUUUUGUACCAUACAUGCCUUUCCAUCACAUGACCAGCAGCCUCUAAAUAAAACGAGAUGAAAAAAAUAAAAAAUAAAAAAAUAAAACGA